AACGACGUAUACUUGAAAGAAGAGUCAAUACUGCUACUAUGGAAGUUUGCUGGGCAUUGUUUUUGAGGUCUAUAUAAAGCUAAAGAAUAUUAGAGAAGAGCAAAGGCAAAUUAAAUGGCAAUGAAAUUAGAAAAAGAAGAAGGAGGAGGACUUCAAAAUAAAUAUACAAAAGAUGGCACAGUGGAUCUUAAAGGAAACCCUGUCCUUAGAUCCAAGAGAGGCGGUUGGAGAGCUUGCUCGUUUAUUGUUGUGUAUGAGGUGUUCGAAAGGAUGGCAUACUAUGGAAUAUCUAGCAAUUUGGUGCUAUACUUGACAAAAAAGCUUCAUGAAGGAACAGUAAAAUCGGCAAAUAAUGUCACAAAUUGGGUUGGAACCAUAUGGAUGACUCCUAUUUUGGGUGCAUAUGUUGCUGAUGCUCUUCUUGGCCGCUACUGGACCUUCCUUAUCUCAUGCAUCAUCUAUCUCUCUGGUAUGUCAGUACUAACAUUGUCAGUAUCACUUCCAUCACUAAAACCCCCAACCUGUCGGGAUCCCAAUAUUGAAAAUUGCCAAAGAGCUUCAACUUUACAAUUAGCAGUAUUUUUCGGAGCCCUCUACACAUUAGCCAUCGGAACCGGAGGAACCAAACCGAACAUAUCAACAAUCGGAGCCGAUCAAUUCGACGAUUUUGACCCGAAAGAGAAGAAGCAAAAGCUGUCAUUCUUCAACUGGUGGAUGUUCAGCAUUUUCUUCGGAACAUUGUUUGCUAACACAGUUCUGGUUUAUAUUCAGGAUAAUGUUGGGUGGUCAUUAGGCUAUGGUUUACCGACUCUCGGUCUUUUGAUUUCAAUUACUGUUUUCUUGCUUGGUACGCCUUUUUAUAGACAUAAAGUUCCGUCGGGUAGUCCGUUUACGAAAAUGGCUAUGGUGAUCGUUGGAGCUAUCAGAAAAAUGAAGGUGGCUGUUCCUAAUGAUCCUAAGGAACUUUAUGAGCUUGAUUUGGAUGAGUAUGUCAGGAAAGGGAAGUUCAGGAUUGAUUCUACACCCGGAUUAAGCUUUCUAAAUAAAGCAGCAGUGAAAACAGGUUCAACAGAUGCAUGGAUGCUUAGUUCAAUUACUCAAGUAGAAGAAACUAAACAAAUGUUAAGAAUGAUCCCUGUUUUGAUUAUCACAUUUGUUCCAAGCACAAUGAUUGCUCAAAUUAAUACUCUUUUCGUCAAGCAAGGAACUACUCUCGACAGAAACAUUGGCAGCUUUAAGAUCCCACCUGCAAGUUUAUCAGGAUUUGUAACGAUAGCAAUGCUUAUUUCCGUAGUUCUUUACGACAGAUUCUUCGUCAGGAUUAUGCGAAAAUGGACAAAUAAUCCUAGAGGCGUUACUCUUCUUCAGAGAAUGGGAAUUGGCCUGAUUUUCCAUAUCAUAAUCAUGAUCAUUGCAUCAAUUACAGAAAUGUACAGGCUUAAAUUAGCGAAAGAAUUCGGUUUAGUUAACGGAGGGCAAAUCCCGGUAACAAUAUUCAUUUUACUUCCUCAGUUUGUUUUGAUGGGUGUGGCCGACGCGUUUUUAGAAGUCGCCAAGCUUGAAUUCUUCUAUGAUCAAGCUCCUGAGAGCAUGAAGAGUCUCGGAACUUCUUAUUCGACUACGAGUCUUGGAAUUGGAAAUUUUCUUAGCAGUUUUCUUCUGUCGACAGUUUCUGAUCUGACUAGUAGGAAUGGUCAUCAGGGUUGGAUUUUGAAUAACUUGAAUGCUUCUCAUCUAGAUUACUAUUACGCGUUCUUCGCGAUACUCAAUUUCAUCAACUUCAUUUUCUUUUUGGUUGUGCUCAAAUUCUAUGUGUAUAAAGCUGAAGUUUCGGAUUCCAUGGAAGUACUGGCUGAAGAACUACAGAAAAUGAAAGCACCAAACCAGGAAGUGUCUAAUAAUGGAUUAUAAAUGUAGAAGAAAAAAAAGAUAAACUGUAUACAAAUACCAAGCUGAAAUUCAAGAAUAGUACUGCUUGAUCAUUAGAUCGUUUUAUAAGUCAAUUUUUUUCGAUUUUCUUCUUUAAUACACAGAAAAUUUAAUUUA